AUGCUGCCGGCUGGUGCGUUCAAGCGCCUCAACAACCAACGGCGACAAAACAGCGCUGAGGAUGUGACCAGACCCGUGUCUCCUAAGACUGCUAAUUCGGCUACUAAAUAUUUACUCAAACAUGCCAAUGGGUUGCGGAAAGAAGAUGAGGCAGUCACCGCAAAACAACUAAUCGUGAAGGCGUUUCUAGAGAAAUUUACUCUCAAAGAGAACGAGAUCCAGGCGCUAACGAGUCGGGAAGUGACAGUGAACUGCAGCGUAUUCGAGGCGAUGGACCAUUGCGAACAAAUCCGAUCAGACUGUGCAAUCCUUUUGAUAGGCGACUCUCAGUCUUCCAAGUCCAAGACCGCCGGCUUGGAUAUCAUGCAAGCUACUAGCAAGUACCUCGAUAAGGGCUAUGACAAAAUCCUCAGAUGGGCCCUUUUCGAAGCUCGUUCUGGGUUGAUCAAGCCCGAUGAAAUCCAGCCCAAAGGAGGUGAUUGCCACUUUAACUGCAGCCCGAUCAAGUUCCUUAUCUGGCUUAUUUCUGGAAGCGUUGACACGAGGGGACCUUCAGGACUGCCCCGGCCGAUCGAGCUGAUAGCCCACGAUCCGAUCCAAUACGUUGGAGAUAUGCUUGCAUGGAUCCAUCAAGUGAUGGCCAGUGAGCACGAGUUUUUGGAGAGCCUAUUCGAUCUCAAGGCGGAUGGCAGACGGGUUGGGGAGUCGCUCACCGAGUCAAAGAAUACGGACGACUGGGAGAUGGCAAGAAAGUUGCUCGGCAAACAUCUCAAAGGAUGUAUCCGUCCCUUGAAGAUGCGCGUUCAACAAACCGUUAACAGUCAAGAAGGUAGUCUCACUGCCUGUCAGUUAGCCAACCUUUUGGAAUUCUACCAGCUCACGAUGGCCAGUACGAUUGGGCCGGAUGCCAAGCUAACGAAUACCUUGAGCGAGCUUAUGGAUCAAUCCUAUGAAGUAUUUUACCAGCUCCUGAAAUCGCUUUCGAGUGAUUAUCUAAGACGUUUAGAGCCACCGCCCGUGGACCUGUCCGUCCCAACGCCCCUGCACGAAGCCAUGUCAAACCUGGGCGUAAUCAUGUUGAUCUAUGAAGGCUCGGCGGACGAGAGCUCAUCCUCCUCCGAGCAUUCAUUCGAGCGCGUCUUAGAUUUAGUCAUCGAUCCAAUGAUGGAGGUCAUCGACAGGAUGGCUCAAUUGAGAGCCUUGGAGUGGGACCGAUCGAUCUUCUGGCUGAACUGCUUGGAAUUUAUGCUUUCGACCGGAGGAGGUUUGAACAAGAAAGGAACUAAGGAAGAAGAAAAGACGGAGGGAUCCCAGAACCUGAAAGAAGUGAUCCUGCAGAGAUCGUUGAACGAUUUGGUGGCCCGGAACCAGAUCAUCUACGAUAACGUGCUCGACGAUAGGAACCUUUUCGAGUUCAAAUCUACCAUCCUCAUUCGCCCGUUGGAUGAGGUUAAAACGCUCAUCGGAUUCUUGUGA